AUGCGCGAGCCCGCGUGCGAGGCUCAUCGCGGCCGUGUCGCGUGGAAGCGUUCCUACACGUCCGCUUUCGUCAACGUCAAGUACCAUCUUACGACGUCUUACGACGACAUUAUGCAAAUAGCAUCGAGUAAAUCCUUUAACGGAUCUCGGGAACGUGGAGGUAGAUUAGAAUCGUCGAUACAGACUUCUUUACAAAGGGCGCGGAAGUUUAAUAACGCAGGAAAUGAAUAUUUCAAAAAGAAAAAAUACAAUCAAGCUAUCAUUCAGUAUAGUAAAGCUAUCACAAUUAUCGACAAUUGUCCAAGAAGAAAGGCAAACAUCAAUGACCGUAUGGUUUUUUAUCAAAAUAGAGCGGCUGCAAAUGAGCAAUUGAAAAAAUAUACUGACGUAAAAGCAGAUUGUACAAAAGCAUUGGAAUUAAAUCCAAGAUAUAUGAAAGCUUUGCUACGUCGGGCACGCGCUUCAGAGCAAUUAGGGGACUUGCAAGCCGCCUUGGACGAUUUGACUACCGCGUGCAUUGACGAACACUUUUCUAAUCGAGCUAUUAAUGUGAUAGCAGAUGAAAUUUUGGAAAAGCUUGUAAAGCAACACGUCCAAGAAAAUUUGGCAAACAAAAAGUUUACAAUGCCAAGUAAGGAGUUAGUCAGAAAGUACUUUUUAGCUUUCCCUAAUGAUCCAAUAUUGUCUAGACUUCAACAACCAGAAAAUAUUCCCGAUUUUUUCAAGAAACCAUUACGAGCGUUAAAAAACAAGAAAUACGAUGAUAUAAUACCGUUGUGCACGGAAAUUAUUCAAGGAUCCGAAUUUGAUGCGUUACCUUCAUCUAGACUAGAGGUGCUAUUGUUACGAGCUACAUUUUACUUACUUUUGGACAAGCACGAUUCUGCAAUCCAAGAUUUUGAAAGAAUAUUGAAUGAUGAAGAUGCAUCCGUUGACGUAAAGACAAACGUCCUGGUAAAAAGAGGAGACUUAUACAUGGAUCGCGAAAAUCUUGAAAUGGCUUUCAAAGAUUUCGAGUUAGCCAUUAAUAUGAAUCCAAGUUGUAGUGAGAUCUACUAUCAUAGAGGAUUGGCAUAUUGGUAUAUGGACAGAUUCUACGAAAGUAAGCACGAUUUUGAGAAGGCUGUGGAAUACAAUCCAAAUUUUUGCGUAGGAUAUAUGCAAAAAUAUUACUACGAUUAUUGUAUUAGGAAGAAAAUGUAUGAUUAUUUUAUUACGAGGGGAAUGCAUGAUUUCUUCGAUAUAGAUAUACCAUUAAUCAUAUUUGCGGAAGAUAUUAAGAGAAGCUUCGAAAAGUUUCAAAAUUUUCCUGAAUGUUCAUAUUUUUACGUAUUAUAUUCUGAGAUUAUGAUUUGCUGUCGAGAGUACGAAAAGGCUGAUACUUAUUUUGUUAAAGCAAUACAGAAAGAUCCAGAUAACGCAUUUAUCCAUGUGCACAGAGCUAUGCUGCAAUUGGAAUGGAAGAAUGAUAUUGAUAAAACUGUAGAACUUUUAAACAAAGCGUUAGAAUUGGAUGAGAAAUGUGAUUUGGCAUAUGAAGCAUUAGGAUAUAUCGCAACAAAAAGAGGAAAUCUAGAGGAAGCUAUAAGACUAUUUGACAAGGCUUUAAUAUUAUGUCGUACAUCCAGGGAAUUGAUGCACAUAUACUAUUUGAGAGAGGGUGCAAAAUUACAACUUAAAGUAAAGAAUCAAUCAGAUAUCAUCAACAUUAUUGAGUUAUUCUCACGAUUCGUUAUCAACUCAUUAAUCUCAAGUGAAUAAUAUUCUUGUGCAUGUAAAGUGCGAUUUAAAGGACAUCAAAAGUAAAAGACCAUCUUGCUAAAGUGUAAGAAUAAAA